AAACACCGCCGGUCUGGAUGAACAUCAACGAUAACAAACCAAGCCUUAAAUAUUCUCCAUGUUUCAAAGAAACAACACCAACAACAGGAAGCAAUGACGACGAUGAAGCUAGUGUUUAUUUCUUUGCUGCUCUUGUCAACAGCACCUUAUGCCUCUCUCGCUAUUAGAACGCAGCUUCACAGCUUGUCUGAAAGCAGCAACAGCAAGAAUUACUUGACCACUCAAGAACUCUGGUUCAAUCAGACCCUCGAUCACUUUUCUCCAUUCGACCAUCAUAAGUUUCCGCAAAGAUACUACGAGUUUCUUGACUACUUCAGGAUUUCUGAUGGUCCCAUAUUUUUGGAAAUUUGUGGGGAGUCUUCUUGUAACGGGAUAGUCAAUGACUACAUCAGUGUUUUGGCAAAGAAGUUUGGAGCAGCUGUGGUUUCACUUGAGCAUCGUUACUAUGGGAGAAGUUUGCCUUUUAAAUCAACAACAACAGAGAAUUUGAGAUUUCUUUCGUCUAAACAGGCGCUAUUCGACUUGGCUGUUUUCCGUCAGUAUUAUCAGGAAUCAUUAAACCUGAAGCUCAAUAGAACAAGUGUUGAAAAUCCUUGGUUUGUUUUUGGUGGUUCAUAUGCUGGAGCACUCAGUGCAUGGUUUCGUCUUAAAUUUCCACAUUUAACAUGCGGGAGUCUUGCAAGUUCUGCAGUUGUUCUUGCUAUUCACAACUUCACUGAAUUUGAUCAGCAGAUUGGUGAGUCAGCCGGUGCUGAAUGUAAAGCUACACUGCAAGAAACUACUCAACUUGUUGAAGAAAGGCUUGCGUCAAAUAAACAAGCAGUGAAGGCAUUGUUUGAUGCAGCUGAGCUGGAGAUUGAUGGUGACUUCCUGUAUUUUCUGGCAGAUGCAGCUGUUAUAGCAUUUCAAUACGGGAAUCCGGAUAUAGUAUGCUCCACUCUUGUUAAAGCAAAGAACAAUGGAGAUGAUUUGGUGGAGGCAUAUGCAAAAUAUGUUAAAGAGUAUUAUCUUGGAACUUUUGGCUCCAGUGUUCAGACAUAUAAUCAGAAGUAUUUGAAAGACACUUCUCUUAACAAACAUACUGGUGAUCGAUUGUGGUGGUUCCAAGUUUGCACUGAAGUAGCAUAUUUUCAAGUGGCACCCUCAAAUGAUAGUAUUCGCUCUUCAAAAGUCGACACAAGAUACCAUUUGGACCUUUGCAAGAAUGUCUUUGGAGAGGGUAUCUAUCCUGAAGUUGAUGUAACGAAUAUAUAUUAUGGAGGCACCAAUAUUUCAGGUUCAAAAAUUGUUUUUGCAAAUGGGUCUCAAGAUCCCUGGCGCCAUGCGUCGAAACAGACCUCGUCCCCGGAUAUGCCUUCCUUUUUAAUCUCUUGUCACAACUGUGGUCAUUGUACUGAUAUAAGAGGAUGUCCACAGACUCCUUUGAGCCUUGAAGGUAAUGCUCAGAACUGCAGCUCCCCUGAAGCAGUUGAAAAGGUUAGGCAUCAGAUCACAGAAAAGAUGGACCUGUGGCUCUCUGAGUGUCGUGCUGGUAGUUGGAGCUCCAUGUGAUGCUAUUUACAGCACAAACACUUGUUUUACUUUUAUUUUUCCAAGUUUUUUUUUCCAUAUCAUUGCGAUCGCAAGUAAAAGUUGUAAGAAAUAGAUUACUGCAAAUAAAAUUUCAGUAAGUAAAUACUGAAAUGUUUGUGUUUAGAAUAUUGAAAACUUAUGCUCAGUCACUAACCAUUAAUUUCUCCCAA